GUUCGCAGCGCUCCCUGCCCUCCCCGCGGAUAGAUCCGCUGCUUCACCUUCUCACGUCGCUUGCUCGCUCGGAGCCGGCGACCGCUCGCAAACGCCGACUGUCAGCGAGAGAGAGACGGCGAAGAGCGAUCAUCAUCGAUCCGGCCGCGACGACGUAUUUUCAGACCGAGUUCGCGCAUCGGCGUCUCUCGCCCAAUAAGCUCGUUUCCUCUACUCCGAGACACGCACGUCGCCCACACGCGAACACGCCUUUUUCCGCCUUUCGCGUGAUCGCGCCGGCACGCGUCGUCACAUGGGACUACUGCGUGUUCCCGCCGGCAACUGCACUUUCCGCACUCGCGAACCCACUCUCCCCCUCUCCCCCCGAGGCCUCCUAGUAUUAUAUUUUUUGAGUGUCGUUGGCCGGACGUGUUUCUGUCCAUUCGCUUUCUCUCCCUUUCUCUCGACGCUCCGCCUUCGUUCGAAAAACCCGAAGCACGGGUUCUUUACGUAUUUGACGCGAUUCGCACGUAUCCGGAGAUAUUUCGGAGACUCGCCACGGACGAAUACGGAGGGUUUACGUAGGAGGAAGUGCCGGGAGGUGCAGUUGGGACAGGCAGAGCCCCACGAUACGGCGCGCUAUACCGAGGAGGGCUACACCCUGUGCGGCGGUGGCGGCGGCAGCCGAUAAUGUUCACGCACGUAGAUAGGUUAGGGGAGGUGCCGGGUGCCUAGAACACAGUUGGCAAAAUGGGCAAGUUGUUGUCAAAGAUAUUUGGCAACAAGGAGAUGCGUAUUCUCAUGUUAGGGCUGGAUGCUGCAGGAAAAACUACAAUAUUGUAUAAACUUAAACUAGGACAGUCUGUAACAACUAUACCAACUGUAGGAUUCAAUGUAGAAACAGUUACCUAUAAGAAUGUUAAAUUUAAUGUAUGGGAUGUAGGUGGUCAAGAUAAAAUACGUCCGUUAUGGCGUCACUACUAUACGGGGACGCAAGGACUUAUUUUUGUAGUAGAUUGUGCAGAUCGAGAUAGAAUCGACGAAGCUCGCCAAGAACUCCAUCGAAUUAUAAACGAUAGAGAAAUGCGUGAUGCUAUAAUUUUAAUUUUUGCUAAUAAACAAGAUCUUCCGGAUGCAAUGAAACCACACGAAAUACAAGAAAAACUGGGAUUAACUAGGAUACGAGAUAGAAAUUGGUACGUUCAGCCAUCUUGUGCCACAACGGGAGACGGGCUUUAUGAAGGCCUUACGUGGUUAACCAGUAAUCAUAAAUCAUGAGCAAAUAUUUAUUUUUCACAAAUUAGCUAUACAUACGGAGAAUACAUGUUUGCUUUGUAUUUUUAUUUUAAUUUAUCAUGUGGAGGCUCUGUAAGACAAACAACAGCUGACAAUGACGAUAGAUUUGACGAAGUCUUUUUCACAAGAAAAGUUAUCGCGGGUGCAAAGGGGGAGGAAAAAAAAAUCUAUAAAGACAACUAUUAAUGGUGUGUUCCAAUAAUAUCGAUACUAGGUGAAUAGUAAUUUAUUGUAAACGAGGUACCAAGAGACGUAACCUUUGUUACUAGCUAUUUAUCCCAAUUCAUGGAAGUAAUUACAUUAUUACUGAAUAGGGUUACACGGGUUUAACAUCUCUGUAUUGUAACAUAUUCACGCAAGUGUACUACUUCUCACGAGAGAUAAGUUUUACAAGUUAAAGGAAGAAAAAGAUUAAGAGAAUCUAGUUAUGAUAUUAAGGGGUUCACAGAUUCACAAGGAUUAGUAUACUGUAUAACUUACCUUGCAAAUCCUUUCCGAUAUCUAUGUACUUGUUAUUCGAGAGAAUUGUGUUUUUUCGAACGGAAAGUACCUCAAGUUUUUAACGAAUUACAGCUAGAUUUUUAACUCCGCAAUAUAUAUUGUUGUCAACGCUAAGCUAACAUGUAUCAUAUAUUCAUACAUAUAGUCUUUGACUAUGACACGUGAGUAAAUUUAUAGCACCUACAAUGAGGCUUUAUGUAAUCCAGCGAGGUUUAUUUCGCGUUCAUCGCACGUUCAAGAUUUUUCCUACUUACUACUUACAUUUUCGCGCCGAAAUUCAUCAGUUGCUCAUAAUUCAAUUUGGUAAUGUCGUCUUCCAAUUCGACAGGCUACGUAAACUUUUUAAUCGGCUCCCGUUUCUUUCGUUCGUCUCCUCAGGUACACACAUGUACGUUUUUUUUUCUUUUUUGUAAGUAAUAUUUUAACCAGAACGCAAUAAUAUAUAACUAAUCGCCGGAAUUUUUAUUAUUACGCACAAACCACGAGAUUAUAAUAUCGCGGUCUUACCAUAUCUAUCUGAGUUUAUUAAAAUAGAAAACAAUGCAACACAUGGAGUUAUCGGUUUACUGAUAUUGUGAGCUCAAAAGAAAAAAAAAACAAAAAAAAGGGGGAGAAAGAAGAAUAAUGUUACAUUGAGCGUAACAACAUUGAAUCUGCCAAUAUUUUUUACCGUUUAAGUGAGUAUUGGAUAAUAAAGCAUUAGUAUUAGGUCGCAACGAUCAGACCAUUUAAUCUAACGGCAUUUUAUGGAUGAAAUAGGUGUCUUCGUGACUUUCGUUUCUCUCAAAUAGCAUAAUCCAAUAGCGUAAGACUAGUACGAAUUCAUACUUCGAUAUUCAUAACUGAUUCAUAAAUGCAAUUCACAAGUGUUCAAAACGCUCGUAUAAUUAUCAAUCGAAUUGAGUUAUAGGCAAAUAGUGGUGGUGUAUAUCUACAAUUCGUCAAUACAUUGACACCUUGUUUGCAUUCCACGAUACAUUAGCGAGUUAGGUUCUUAGAGAGAGGGAAAAGGAGAGAGAGAGAGAGAGAGAGAGAGAGAGAAAGAGAGAGAGAGAGAGAGAGGUGUUUUAGUUAUAAAUAAUCUACAUAAAUUUAACAGAUUUUCCAGGCGUAAGUUUGUAACAACUUUCUCAGCGUGUCCGUACCAUUAAUAUUAAGUAAUUUCACUUAAGAAAUGAAAUAACGGUUGAGCACAUCAUCAUCUGUAAAAAUCGUAAUCAGGCUUUGGAGAUACCGAGCUGUUUUCCAUAAUAUUAGCUACAUCAAUUAGCACUCGAUGGUCAAGCGUUCGUAUGACCAUAUAUCAUCGUAACUCUGCAUUUUUACCAAUAUGUAAAACAGCGACGACGUAUUCCACAUUAUGUACUAACUAUAUAAAAAAAAUAUAUAUAUUCUUUUAAAUGCAAUAAUCAUAAAUUGUUACGUUUUACCAUCGGCUUCAGUAAGAGCCAGUAAGGAGCUUUCAUUAUUAAAUAUAAUGUUAUAAGAUGUUAAUUAACAAAAUUUUAUGUAUAUAAAUAUGUUUCAUAUUUCAAGCGCAGUGUUUUAUGUGUGUGUGUCAAGUAUUUCGUAUGUUCCACAUGACCGUUUUACCGUGCUAUGAGAAAAAAUUCUAAAUUAUACUAACGCAACGGGGGUUAUAUAUAUAUAUAUAUAUAUAUAAAAGGGAGGGAGGGGGGCAAAGCUAUGUUGGCACAGCGAGAACUAAUACUGAAAAUAUCUUAAUAAAAUUUUGAAAGCAUCUAAACAGAAGAGAAGAUUCGCUUCUGUUAAGAUUUAUAGAAAGAGAAUAAAAACUUUCAACUUCAUUUCACACCAUCAAAUAUGUAACACACAUAUUACUAACAUACGACAAAUCAAAAGUAACUCAGAACCAUAGAGCACUUUCGCUUCAGUCCAAAGCCUGAACACAAGAAUCUCACAACACUCGAGAGGAAUCUACGAAUAUAGUUUAUAGAUUUAUAAUUAUAUAUUAUAUAUUGUAUAUUAUAUGUAUUAUAAUUUAUAAUUACCAGAAUUUUGUUACUAUACACUGAUAAUUAUAUACGGUAGUAAUUGAA